AUGGCAUCCCAGCCCAAACAGCCACUGUUCCUGGGCGACAAGCCUAUUGGUGACGCCAACGUUGGAUUCAUUCUCAGCAACACGGUAUCCACCUCCUAUCUGUACCAUCUUGACACGCUCCAACCCGGUGAACUGGAGUACAUCAAAUACGACGCAGCCCGAAAGCUCGCCCAGACAACACCUGGAGCGAUGCAAGAGAUCCUGCGCCAUCUUUACCGCAUGACUCCGGCCCAGAAUCGAUUCCUGCAAACCCACAAGGUUGAUCCGGUUACGCACUUCUUCCGAACCCUGGCGUACAGAGAAAUAGCAGAUGACAAGGCACAACGGCAAAGGAUCGCGGCAAGCCACAGUGGCCAGGCCAGUGCCAAGGCCAAUGCCCAUGUCAGAGCCAACCAGAAUGUGUAG